UUCAGCCUGUUCUUGUGCCUUAUCUUGCCUCAGUAGCUGCCGGACGUGAAGACAAGACUCUGCGAAAUACUCUAAGCCAAGUGUUAGGGAGUCUCAACUCUGCCAGCUUUUUAAACAAUAAGGAAGUAAGUGCUGCCUCGGUGGUAGUCUUUUCUUCUUUAUUGCCCCUGGUACAUGAGGCAGUCAGCCAGAGCCUUCUCAAGGAAAAUAACCCAGCCCUGGUGACUUAUCUCUCAUCUAUGCAGGAUCAAACACUCAUAAAAGAAUGUAUCAAGCAGUGGUGUGGGCAAGGAUCAGUUUUAAAAACUUGGGUUGUAAAUGCAAGUAUACCCCUGAGUCCCUCCCAUUCAACGCUAGCAUUAUUGAGGAGCCAAGCUGCCAUGCCUCAUGGAACUGUUACAUCAGCAACUGAACAGGUAAAGCCAGUUAAAGCUGCAAUAACUACAGAGCAGUUAGCAGAAGCAAAGUCUGCUUGGACAAACCCCUCAAAAUUAUCAUGUGAUGAAAAGGUGUCCAGGCAGGGCCCAGUGGUGCCAGUAGAUGGAGAACAUAAUGUUCUCAUUACAUCAGCUUUGCCUUAUGUUAACAAUGUACCUCAUCUGGGGAACAUCAUUGGAUGUGUACUCUCAGCUGACUGUUUUGCCAGAUUUUGUCGCUUAAGAGGGGACAAUGUUCUUUAUAUUUGUGGUACUGAUGAAUAUGGCACAGCUACUGAGACUAAGGCUUUGGCUGAGGGGUUGACUCCUCAGCAGAUUUGUGACAAGUAUCAUGCCAUCCACAGCAAGGUUUACCAGUGGUUCGGUAUCAGUUUUGACUAUUUUGGCAGGACUACCACUGAACAUCAGACCAAGAUUUGUCAAGAUAUAUUUUGGAGCUUGGAAAAGAAUGGAAAGAUUAGCAAAGAUUCAGUUGAUCAGUUGUACUGUAGUAAGUGUGACCGUUUCUUGGCAGACAGAUUUGUUGAGGGGGUUUGUCCCUACCCUGGCUGUGGCUAUGAGGAUGCAAGAGGUGAUCAAUGUGAUGCUUGUGGUAAGUUGAUCAAUGCCAUUGAACUUGUCAAACCAAGAUGUAAACUUUGUUCUACAUCCCCUGAAGUCAGGUCCUCUAACCAUCUCUUCCUGGACUUACCAAAGAUUGAGAAGAGUUUAUCAGAAUGGCUUAGCACGUCCUCAAAACAAUGGACAAAUAAUGCCAAAGUGAUUUGUGACACCUGGGUAAGGGAUGGAUUGAAAACUAGAUGUAUCACAAGGGACUUGAAAUGGGGAACACCUGUUCCUCUAGAUGGAUUCAAAGACAAGGUCUUUUACGUUUGGUUUGAUGCACCUAUUGGUUAUGUUAGUAUUACAGCUAAUUAUACUAAUGAAUGGGAGAAAUGGUGGAAGAAUCCUUCCCAAGUUAAUUAUUAUGAGUUCAUGGCCAAGGAUAAUGUUCCAUUCCAUAGUGUGGUAUUUCCCUCUACUCAACUUGGAACAGGGGAAAACUGGACUAUGGUUAAUUAUCUUGUUGCAACUGAAUAUCUGAAUUAUGAAGACGGAAAGUUCUCUAAAAGUCGAGGAGUAGGGGUGUUUGGUGACCAGGCCAUUGAAACAGGCAUUCCUAGUGAUGUUUGGAGAUUCUAUCUGCUGUAUUUAAGGCCAGAAGCACAAGAUACAGCUUUUUCAUGGGUAGAUCUUCAGACUAAGAAUAAUAGUGAAUUGCUGAAUAACUUUGGCAACUUCAUUCACAGAGCUUUGUCCUUUGUGUUCAAGUUCUUUGAAGCAGCCAUCCCCGAAGCCAAACCGGAUGAGUCAGAUUUUAUGUUGAUGGCAGCAGUAAAUCAGGAACUUAAGCAUUACACAACAGCUUUAGCCAAUAAUAGGCAGCGUGAUGGUCUUCGGGCCAUCCUGUCCAUUACAAAGAUUGGAAACCAGUAUAUUCAGGAACAUGAACCUUACAAACUGGUCAAACCCAAUCGGACAGAAAAAGAGAAGGAACGUGGGGCAUCUGUCAUUGCCAUUGCUGCCAACUUAGUCUGUUUAGUGUCAAUAAUUGCAGACCCUUACAUGCCAGAAAUAGCCAAGAACAUCCGUGGGUUUUUGAACCUCUCAUCACAACAGACUCGCCUACCUGGUCACUUUUGUUGUCUGUUGCCAGCUGGUCACAAGAUACAGGAGCCCAAACCCCUUAUCAUCCAAAUUGAUGAUGAGACUGUGAACAAGUUUAAGGAGCAGUUUGCAGGUAAAGCCCCAUCAGAAAAGAAGGCAGCAGAUCCAGCAGAGAUUGCAAAACUUGAGGCACAGAUUGCAGAGCAGAGUGCCAAAGUUCGCAAGCUGAAAGAAAGUGGUACAGCCAGUAAGGAUGAAAUUUUGGCUGAAGUUACAAUAUUACUUAGCCUCAAAGGUCAGCUGGCAGCUUUGCAAGGAGUAGAUCCAGCUGCAGGAGGGAAAGAAAAAAAAAAGAAGAAGGGAGGAGGAGCAGGGAAGGAGCAGGCCAAGGUUCCUCCAGCCUCCUCUUCAGUUGCUCCAGCUACCAUUGUAAAUCCAGCUGAGGUAGAACGGCUACAGGGCUUAGUGACAGAAAAG